AUGCCACUCGCCCAUCUACCAACCGAGACUCUUCUUAUCAUCUCAUCCUACCUGCGACAUCAACGGGACGUCUACGCACUCGUCCGUACCAACCGUCGUUUCUACCACAUCCUCAUAGACUUCCUCUACAAAUACAACAGUCAAUAUUUUCAUGCAUCAGCACUGCCCUUCGUCGCAAAACAAGGACACAAACAUCUCGUCGGCAAGCUGCUAGACGGAUUAAAAGGCGCCGUGGGAAAAUCACGUAGACUCCCACACUCGGAACGGCGCCGACAGGCCAUCCUAGACGGAGCUGCCCUCGACUCCGGGUCCGAGAGCGAUUCCGUCUGGUCCGACGGUUCAGUAGAAAGUGAUGAAGGCCACAUACCCUAUCUGACAGAUAUCGUAACCCACCCCUUGCGUGCAGCUAAGUAUAGCACGACUGAUAUCAACACCAUCCAGUCGGCCCUGAUCGCUGCCAUACGAGCCGGGCACAAAGACAUAGUGACACUUCUUCUGGACCGGGGCGCGCAGGCAAACUUCUACCGGGGACUUCGUCGGGUCAAUACCUGGCGUGAGCCCCACCGAUAUCGACGGCGCCGUGCAGACCAUCCGCCGCUGUGUCAGGCUGUCCAGUGUGGCCGGGCCGAUCUGGUCCAGAUUCUGUUGGCUCGAGGAGCGGAUCCCGAUCUAUAUUGCUUCUUACCGCUGUACCAAGCUGUCGCGGGUAGGAGACGCGAUAUUAUACGGCUGUUGCUUCAACAUGGAGCGAAGGAUCAUUCGAGCUCGUUGAAGCUGGCGGUUCGGCGGGAGGACAUGUCGAUGGUGCAGUUUUUGCUGGACAAUGGAGUCCGAGCUGAUGAGUCGGGUCGAUCAGCUUUGCUGGUGGCGAAGCGCAAAGGGGCGGAGGAUAUCGUUGAGUUUUUGCAGUCGAAAGGAGCCACCCUAGAUGGGGAGGUCAGGUCCAAUCUCCACCAUUCUUGGCACUUGACCCCAGAGAGCGAUGCUGCUGAAUCAGCGGAAGUUGCGAUGCUCCACUAUCACUAG